AUGGGGCUCGGCUCCAAGCACGCCCAUAGACGCUCGGCAGUGAUGGUGAUGGCUGUCUCGUCCGCUAGGCUCACCGCGUUCACAUCGGAGAGCCUAGCGGACAAGACAGCCGUCACCAUCACUGGUGCCGAACAUCACCCCUGCAUGGCAUCGCCUGCAUCCAUCUCCCUGCUCGCCCUCCUUGCCGCCUGCCCUGCCAUUGCUGUCAUUGCCUCUGUCGACCACGUGCUCGCCUCCGCAUUAUUUGACCGGCAGACCCUCUCUCUCUUCAACUUCGCCACCCAUCACGUGGUGACACGUGGCGCCUACACCAAGGAGGCCUCGGCCUUCGCCCCCGCCACCCUCUCCCACGCGCCCUCCACCUCUGCUGCAGCACAGGCCGCCCUGCUGGUCCUCCGCAGCCUCCCCCCCAACGCCUGUCAGAUAUUCACCCUCAUAGCACAGCCGUUUCUGUCUAGUGCUGGUGGCAGUAAAGGCAGAGGCAGUGGAGGCGGGUCUGCUGGUGGCGGUUCUGGUGGUGGUGGGGGGGGGGACGGUGAUGGGGACGGCGAUGGGGAGGAGGAAGGCGGUGGGUCAGGCCAGAGGAACCAGCCUCAAGGUGCCCUUUCUCUCCCUCUCCCUCCUUUCUAUCUGCUCCACGUUUUCACCCUCCCUGCCUUUAACGCAGCUCUAUUCCCUCUCCCGAACGCGCUUUCUGCCCUGCCUUUCGCCCAGCUCUACUCCCUCUGCCGCACGCGCUUCCUGGUUACCAGCGAGGUAACGCUACGGGCGCAUCUGAGGGAGUUUGAGGACCAUGCUCUGGUGAGGGUGUUCAGGCAGGCGGAUGGGACAGAGAGCGUGGGGCUGCUGCUGCCUGUGGGCGCUCUGACUCAUGUGAUGGAGCAGCUGGGUGGGAAAUGA